GGAAAAGGAGAAAAUAAAACGAGAAGAAAGGGCUUUAAGAGAAAAAGAAAAGGCUAGAAUGGAAAGGGAAAAGGAAAAGGAACGCAGGGAAAAGGAAAAGCAGAAAGAAAGAGAAAAACUUGAAUGGCAGAAACAUAAAGAGCGCUUAAAAAAUCCGACUAUUUAUGACACUUUAGAAUUAUGUAAUCAAGACCUAAGACUUUCAUUAACAGUGGAAGCUCCGGAUAUACAAAAAUGUUUGAAUACUUUAAACAAGAUCAAUGACAUGCAAAUCAGCCCAGACGUCAUUAAGAAAUCUCCUGCUAUUGUUCAAACAAUAAAAAGGAUACGUAACUACAAACAAAGCAAUAAAGUCAAAGAACGAGCUUCAGAAGUUUACACUAAAUUAAAAUCCCUCUUCAUAGUCACAGGUGCUGAUGUCCCUGUCACUCCCACUACAAAAACCACAUCUAACCCCUUCACACCAGCUGAACAAAAAAACUUAGCAAACUCUUCAAAACCUCCAGUUAUGACAGAAGAAAGAGUAGAUGGUAAAGUAGCUCCUGCAUCUGGGGUUAGACCUGUGGAAGAAUCCACAGAACCAACCUUGGCUGAGGCUAAAGCUGUACAUGAUAAGGAGAAUGUAUUACUUGAUCACAAAACACAAAAUGGCGCACAUAGCGUAGAAAACAGCAUUCCAAGCCAUGCACAAGAUCUCGGCACCACACCCAUGGAGGACACCCAAAGUUAUAACGAAAAAACUUUACCAGCUGAAAUGCCUAGAAAUGAUGACCAGACAGAGAUCUUGACACCAUGCGAUAUGGAAAUCUCUAGUCCUAUAUAAAACUAUUCCAUAUUACAACAUUCUCUUUGAGUAAUGCAGAGUUCAAAAAAAAUUAUCCAUACCCCCACCAUAGAGGGAAUUUGCAAAAGGAUCAACCCCCUCCCU